CUACCCCCCUCUACACCCCACCCACACCAUGCAGGUCACUUCUGCAGCUCCAUGUGGGCUUGACGACGAGGAGGAGGAGGGGGGUGGAGGCUACAAGAGGUCGUGGAUUAGCAACCACGACCAUCAUCAUCAUCGUCGCUGUCUCGGCUCCUGCUCGGCCGUGGGCUCGGAGGCUCUGGAUGUGAGCGCACGGACGAGUGAAGGGGGCAAGCAUCAACGCGAGAGGGGGCGGACGAGUUUGGCGGAUAUUAGGACAUCGUAAGCAGCAGCAGCAACAACAACAACAAAAGUACAUCUUGCGCUCCCCGCGGCAUGUCCAUGUGGAAGGCGCCCACCAACAGCGUGUUCGAACCCCGCAGCUACGACAACCGUGAGAGUCUGGCGCGCAAGUUUGCAGCGUGGCAGAAUUGCCUGCGCUCGAAUGGCGAAGGAGAAGAUGAUGAGGACAUCAGCGCCACAGAAACACAACGACCGAGCUCGUACGAUGUGCCCGCUUCCGAACGAGCAGCCGCAUACGGCCUUUACGGGGAGACAACUCUGGAGGGUGACCCCCCCGGUCCAGGAUCGCGUUUUGACAAGAGUCACCGCAGUUCAGGUAGAUUAUAUUCGGAGCAUUCAGGCUUGAAUGGUGCACGCUUUGCUGGUGAAAAGUUGCUCCCGUUACAUCCUGCGUGGGACGAGAGAGGCGUUAGCACGCAUGUCGGUCACUCGCGCACCGCUCCGUCCGCCGUGGACACCGAGACUUUACCGUUUCGCAAAAGUGGCAUCGCCGAGAUUCCCACGCAUCUCCCGCUCGAUUCUUCCGCCUCUGCCAAGAACAAGACGCCGUCGCACGCCAUCGACUCCGACUAUGAGCAACGCCUUUCCCAGGGGCAUGCCGGAGAGCGAUCGGUGCGCACGAGCUGGACAAGAACACUUGCGCCUCGAGUGCCCGAAAGUUUUGAGCAGCUGCUGAAUUCACAGUUUGAGAAUGCCCUCUCCAAAUUCAGCUCCCUCGUCCCUCUCGAGCCACGAGGGUUUCCCCUGCGCGGGAGCAGCUCGCCCGUGGAGACCGAGAGGGCCGCGUAUCGGACAUUGGACGGCUCGUCGGAUGGGAUGUCACUCAUCGCGGGGGAGUGCACCGCCCGACGGUGGGAUUACGAGAUGCCAAGUGCAGGAGACACGGUGUCUGCACUGCUGGAGUUUGGCAUUGUCCAGGCCCUGCCCCGAGUGACGGCUCUGGAAAGGCACCUGACAGAGGAGGAAUCUCUCAAUUCCAACUCCCCGGCCGUGCUGCGCAGGGAUAUAGACGAUCUGCGGGCCCAGGUGGAGGAGCUGCGAGUGGCUAGCGAGGGGCUCGUGGCAUCGCUGUCUCGCGCCGAGGGCGAGAUCUCCGCUCUUCGCCGUGAGCUGCAGCGCCGUGACCUUCGUGCGGACGAGGUCGCGAGGGAAAACCGCGCACUCAGGGAGCAGGCGGACCGACUGCAGGGCGGCAGGCAGGCGGGCACCCAACCCGGCCCACACGAGUUGGCCCUUCUCCAACGGUUUGCAAGCCAAGGCACAGAGGUGCACACCAACCCCGACUUCUCUGCGUGGGAUGGUGCGCUGCUCCCGCCGGAGCCGCGUUCCGCCCUCGCGUGCGCGUCCCCGGCGUCGGCGGCCAGCAGCGAACUGACGGACGAGCUGCUCAGGGGCUUCGAGGUCACGGAGGGCGGCGCGGAAGCCGGGCCGCGUCGCGCCGACGCCGCGUCGUUUGCCGUGGUCAAUCCCCAACUUUGGUGGACACGUGCUCUCACUUCGAAUGCCGUGCAGACAGCAGCGCCCGGGCGGAGUACCUGGUGUCCGUGCCGCUGCCGGCCAUCAGACUUCCCGGGUCAGAGGUCACAAGGGUGCUCCCCCUUGCCCAGAGCAGGGCCCGCUCCGCCGACAACGUCUCGUCGUCCUCGUCGUCAGCGGCGCCCCGGGGAUGCCCGGCCCGAAGCGAGUCGGUCAGCACGCUGGCCGGUUCGGCCUCCAGCCGAUUCAACACCCCUCUGUCGGCCAGCCGGUUCACGGGCGAUGCGAGCUGCCGCGGCCGCCCCUUCGCCCCACGCUCGUCGAGCGACCUGCGCGUGGGUCACAGGGUCAAGUUCACGCGCUCGGGCGGUCGGGUGGCGCACGGCACCGUCAAGUACGUGGGCUGCCUGCCCGGGCGCGAGGGCUCCUACCUGGGCGUCGAGAUCGAGGGGGAGGCCGAGCCGAACCGCCACGACGGGGAGUACGACGGGCGCAGAUAUUUCCGCUGCAAAAUCAACAGAGGCAUAUUCAUCACAUGCAGCCGGGUGAUCAUGGCGUGGGAGUGAGGUGGGAGGGAAGUCGCUCUCCGUGCUCGCUGUCGUCACGUGGCACGCCAAGGCUCCCUCCGCAUCAGCGCUUGCGGAUUUACUCCCCGCACGACGAAUCUCAACAUCUCCGUGAAUUCAGGACCGAGCGACGGCUCCGCUCCCACUGCUUGUGUGACCUCCGCCUCGAAACGCGUUUUGAACUGCACGGGGGGUUAUUAUUAAAUAGGGGGGGGGGGUACUUUUGAGAUGGAGAUUGGUGAUCUCUCGCAUACAGUAUUUUACAUUCAUGGUAUAACGGCUUCCCUUGAGCUUUACCUUCAGUAGAUUGAGGUCAUCAUUUGGAGGUGUAACGAUUAAAUGUGCCUGGUGAUUUAACAAAUUGUUUCGAUUCAGGGCCAUGACUCAUUAAUGAAUUUAGAUGGCCUAAAUUUCGUCCCAAAUUGUGCUCUCGGCAUUGUGUCGUGAGAGAGAAAGUAUUCAUCGGGAUCCCUUGUAGAGCAGUUGCAACUCGUGGUCGAAGAGGCACGGUCCAUGCAAGCGGAUAUCAUCACAGCUACCUCCGAAAUCUAUUUCAAGCGAAAUCUGGUCCACACAGCAGAGGGCAGCACUGCCCUACCCUCCCGAGCACUAAGGAGAGCGUUACUCAAUUGGGACGAAACAUAGCAAAUCAUUGCAAAUGAGACUAUCCCGGUAUUUUUACUUCUCUCCGGGGUAAACAAAAAAACGAAUGUCUGCCGCAUGACAGUCAAACUAACGUUUUUACUUUUAUUCUCAGAGGUGGAAAAGUUGCCAAAUUAAGAGCAAAACCAAAUUUAUCACGAUGGGGGUUUUGUGUAGUCACUGGCUACUUGGGGUAAGCCCAUGAUCUCAAUACACUUAAAAACCCAGUUUAAUCACAGGCAGCUACUUGAAUUUGAACCCAUGAUCUCCGUGGUACUCUGACAUCUGAUUCACCUGGUUCAAUUUAGUUUAUACGUCGAGGUGAAUGGUAGCACGACAAACGGUUGCAUGGGGUGGUCACAUGAACGACAUAUACAAUACAAAACCUCCCUCGAUUCUUCACCAAUGUGAUGUACAUAUCGCAAGCUGAAGCAGCAGCAUUAAUCAAAUAACCGAUGCAUCAUUACACCACUAAGGUAAUGCCAUCUCAAUUGCAGCGAAUUAAAAAAAGUCUCAAAUAUUUACCAACAACACACGGGGUCUGAAUGCCUGGGCAGUUUCAGAGUGAAAGAGUGCAACUCUGUGCGUUGUCACCAAAUUUUGCGUGCACGUGCUCCUUAAAAAAAACAAAUAGCGCCACAAGAGCUGGUCUUUUGUGCGUUCAACCUCAGCAGAGGAGGUACCUGGCAACAUCCCAGUGUUAUUUAAAAAAAGGCAUGCUCGUACAAAAAAAUGUGUUACGAGAUUAAUAUUACAUUUCUGGAAAGUCUUAUAUAGCACGCAAUAAAUGUCAUGAAAUGUGAGCGGCGGGGGGCAGAGGUGAGCACGGUGCGCUACGAAGCCAGCAACCCAAGCACGAUUCGCAGCCACGGCUAACAUCAGUGGCGAGUGAUAUCUAAACCCCUCCCCCCCACGCCUUCACCAACCCGCACUGACCAGCGUGAAGUAUGGUUAAACAACUCUCAUGAAUGUCAUGGCUUGGGGAAGACUUUCAGCCAGUACUGACAAAGGUCUGACAAGGCUCCCUUCUUCAAUAUGAAAGUGUACUAAAAUUAUUUAAAACGCAAUUCUGGAUUGCUGCACACUUAUCAUAUUACGUCUCAUGUGAUGAAAGCGGCUGAUGCUAUUAUACAUUUAAUUACACGCUAUAUACCACAGUUGUUGCACACAAGUGACGCGAUGACAGAUAGCAGUAAAAACUGUGUAGAAUCCAGCAUGGGGGGAGAGGGAUAUGUACGGGGAGCAUGCACAGUACACGUACACACAAAGGCUGUCUCAUACAUUAAAUGAAUUUAAUUUUUUUUUUACACAAGAAACUAUACAGGCGGGAAAAAAAAUAAUAAAUUUAAAAUAAACGCA